CUCUGAGAUCCCAGGUCUUCGAAUGACUUCCCCCAGCACUCUGUGGCCAUUCUGGUACUUACUGUCUCUUUCUUUGGCUUUUGAUUCAUCGGAGCUCCAUCUUCUUCCUCUGAAGAUUUUGCUGUCUUGCUCCAUGAAGGUCAGGACAAUCUGACAUGCACUUGUUUCUUGUAUCUUCACUUGAAGAAUAGUUUUCGUCCAUUGUGUCCAUUGUUUUCUUCAUAGGGAAGGGGAGGGGAGAACUGGUUCCCCCCCUCCCCUUCCCUCCAUAGACUUCUACAGAUACCCUUCAUUACUUUACCAAGAUGGCAGACCCCAUCAUGGAUUUGUUUGAUGACCCGAAUUUAUUUGGCCUGGACUCCCUGACUGAUGACAGCUUUAAUCAGGUCACUCAAGACCCCAUUGAAGAAGCACUUGGACUGCCAAGCUCUCUGGACUCCUUGGAUCAGAUGAACCAAGAUGGUGGAGGUGUUGAUGUGGGAAAUUCAUCAGCAAGUGACCUGGUUUCCCAACCAGAGGAUACAGCUCCUCCUGAACUUCCCAAAGAAUCCACAGCUCCAGCUCCAGAAUCCUUAACCUUGCAUGAUUAUACCACUCAGCCCGCCAGCCAGGAGCAGCCAGCCCAACCUGUCUUGCAGACGUCAGCGCCAACAUCAGGACUUUUGCAGGUCUCCAAGAGCCAAGAGAUCCUGAGCCAAGGGAAUCCUUUCAUGGGUGUCUCUGCCACAGCUGUCUCUCCCAGUAAUACUGGAGGGCAACCAUCUCAGUCAGCCCCUAAGAUUGUUAUCCUUAAAGCCCCACCAAACUCCUCAGUCACGGGUGCCCAUGUGGCACAAAUUCAGGCCCAAGGUAUCACCAGUACGGCUCAGCCCCUAGUGGCUGGCACAGCCAAUGGUGGAAAAGUCACCUUUACCAAAGUGCUAACUGGUACACCCCUUCGACCAGGUGUCUCCAUUGUCUCUGGUAAUACAGUGUUGGCCACCAAGGUCCCUGGGAGCCAGGCUGCUGUUCAGCGCAUUGUCCAGCCAAGCCGACCAGUAAAGCAGCUAGUCCUCCAGCCAGUUAAGGGUUCAGCUCCUGCUGGAAACCCUGGGGCUGCGGGGCCCCCACUGAAGCCUGCAGUCACACUGACUUCUACACCUACCCAGGGUGAAUCGAAACGCAUCACCUUGGUCCUCCAGCAGCCACAGACCGGAGGUCCCCAAGGACAUCGGCAUGUUGUGUUAGGGAGUCUACCAGGCAAGAUAGUGUUACAGGGCAACCAGCUGGCAGCCUUGACUCAAGCCAAGAAUGCCCAGGGGCAGCCUGCCAAAGUCGUAACUAUUCAGCUGCAGGUACAGCAGCCACAGCAGAAAAUCCAGAUUGUACCCCAGCCUCCUUCUUCACAGCCACAACCACAGCCGCCACCCGCAGCCCAGCCUCUGACACUUUCCUCUGUGCAGCAGGCUCAGAUAAUGGGACCAGGACAAAGCCCAGGACAGAGACUUUCAGUGCCACUCAAAAUGGUGCUGCAGCCACAGGUGAGUGACUUGAAACCUCCCCUUAGUCUCUUGUCCCUGCCUUCCUUCAGUAGCCCCUAUCGCUAA